AUGAGGUCAGUGUUGGUCUGGGUGUUAUUGUCGUCGCUUUUGAGACCAAUAUCCGCUGCACGGCCCCCACAAGAAAACGAUGCAAAGAUAGUUGCUCAGAAUGGGGACAAGACGGCAGACUCUGCUGCAGCGGCUGCAGGUGAUGACGAAGGAACUGAAUAUACUACUUUCAACGACAUUAAAGUCCCUCAGAUGAAAGAUAUUGAGGGUGAACAGUUCAAUGAAACGAUUAAGGAUGGAUAUUGGUUCGUCGAGCAUUUCUCUCCAAGUUGCGGACACUGUCAGGCUUUUGCGCCGACGUGGCAGACUCUGUACGAAUUCUAUUAUACAUCGUCACCAAUUCAGUCGCAAACCAAGUCCCCUUCGCCAGACACCCCAAACUCCUUGAAUGGAUUCCAUGGCUAUUAUAAUUUUCAUUUUGCGAGGAUGAAUUGUAUCGCUUUCGGUGAUGCUUGUGCAAAGAAUAACAUCAAGGCCUGGCCAUCACUCAUGCUAUACAAAAACGGCGAAUUUGUUGAAAAGUAUACUGGAGAGAAGAGCAUGCCAGCUUUGAGCCACUACGUCGAAGAGAAACUUGAACAGAUCAGACCUGGCUCACGGCCUCGAGAGGGCCUGAAAGUGCCGGAAGUUGGAGCUAAUCGAGUUGAUCGCACAGCAAUGCCCGAAACACCUUUAGCCAAGGACAAGGACGUUGCUGCAGGGGCUGCGGCGGGAGAAAAGCACAAUGAUCAGGCCGCCGCUCUUGCAGAUGCGACAAAUACCGCAAUGCUGUCGUCCGAAACAGCCAAGGCGGGCAGAACAAAAGAAGUCAGCAGGACUGGGCCGGCCCCCAAUCCACAGGGUACUUCUAUCUCCCUCACGGCCGAAACUUUCCAAAAGCUGGUGACCAGUUCGCAAGACGCAUGGUUCAUCAAAUUCUACGCUCCAUGGUGUGGACAUUGUCAGGCCCUCGCCCCCACCUGGGAUCAGAUGGCAAAGGCUAUGAAAGGUCAGCUUAACGUAGGAGAAGUCAACUGCGACGCCCAGUCCCGCCUGUGCAAAGAAGCUCGCGUGAAGGGCUACCCAACCAUCCACUACUUCCGUGGCGGCGAAAGGGUUGGGUAUGAUGGCCUGCGAGGACUGGGCGAUCUUUUGUCCUUUGCCGAGAAGGCUCUCGAUUCGGAUGUCAAGUAUGUUGACGCUGCGCAGUUCAAAGACAUGGAAGAGACAGAAGAGGUCAUCUUCACCUACUUCUUUGAUCACGCAACCACUUCUGAAGACUUUGCAGCUCUAGAUCGCUUGACUCUCAGCUUGAUCGGCCAUGCCAAGAUCGUGAAAACAGACUCUCCAGCGCUGGCCGAGCGAUUCAAGAUUUCCACAUGGCCACGCCUCCUCGUCUCUCGAGACGGUGUACCAACGUACUACACAGCUCUCGCGCCAAAAGACAUGCGCGACUUCCGGAGGGUGCUCACCUGGAUGCAGUCUGUCUGGCUACCCAUCGUGCCGGAACUGACCAUACCCAAUGCACUCGACAUCCUCACCAAUAAAUUUGUAGUCUUGGGCAUCCUUUCUCGGAACCGACCAGAUGACUUCAUCCAGUCGAAGCGCGAGCUCAAGAAUGCUGCGCUCGAGUGGAUGGAUAAGCAGACACAGCUAUUCCAGCUUGAGCGCCAGGAAAUGAGAGACGCGAAGCAGCUCCGUAUUGAUGAAGCUGAAGACCGCAACGAUCAGCGUGCCCUACGACAGGCCAAAAGCCAAAGAAUCGGCAUCCGCGAAGAAGACUUCAGAAAACCGGUCACUUUCGCAUGGGUGGACGGCGUCUUCUGGGAGCGCUGGCUGAGAACUACAUACGGCGUCGAUGUCACGGAUGGUGAUCGCGUUAUCAUCAAUGAUGAAGAGAACAAACAAUACUGGGACACUACAACCUCUGGCGCCUACAUCAUCCCCUCCCGAACCUCCAUCCUCGAAACCCUCCACCAAAUUGUCGCCUCCUCCCCGCCUAAAAUUCAGCCCAAAUCCACCAUCGGCACCCUCGAGAACAUCUUCUUCCAGAUCCGCCAUUUCGGAUCCUAUCAUCCGUACCUGGCGCUUGGGUUAUUAUUUGCGAGCAUUGCUGGGGUGGCAACGUUAGGGAAGAGGAAGAUGAGGCACGGAGCGAGUGGUAACGGGGGUGGUUAUUUCAAGUUGGAUGGAAAGGAGGGUUUAUUGAAUGGCAUGGGUGUUGGUGGUGGGGGUGGAGGGACGGAGAAGGCUGAUUGA